CUGUGAUAUAUUUAUCCAGAGUGCAUGCUUGUUUAUUUAUUAGUUAGUUUAACAAAUAAAAUAAAGUGAUUAAAUAAAAAGAUUAUAAAAUGAAUUAGUUUGGACACUUAGCGUAAUUUGUAUUUUUCUUGUUGUCGCAUACAAAGAUGAAGGUACAAAGACCAACUUUAUCAGUGUAUACAUAUUCAUAUCAAUAAAUCAAUAAAUAUAAAUAUACAUAUAUAUAUGUGUGUGUGUUGAUAAUCGAGAAGUAAGACACAGGAGAGAUGAAGAGGGUAUGUGUAACAGGAGCAGGAGGUUAUAUUGGGUCAUGGGUUGUGAAGCUUUUGCUUUCCAAAGGUUAUAUGGUCCAUGGAACUGUUCGAGACCCAUGUGAUGAGACAAAGAAUGGUCAUUUGAAGAAGUUGGAGAAUGCUGAAGAGCGGCUGCAUCUUUUCAAGGCAGAUUUGUUGGACUUUGAAAGCCUUUGUGCCGCCUUUGUCGAUUGCUCCGGGGUUAUUCAUGUUGCAUCUCCUGUUCUUCUUCUUGCUGCUUCUGGUAACCAUGUACCUAAUCCGGAGGCGGAAAUGUUGGAACCUGCUAUACUAGGAACACAAAACGUAUUAAACGCAUGUUUGAAGGCUGAAGUAGAAAAGGUUGUGGUUGUCUCAUCCGGAUCUGCUGUUAUGAUGAAUCCUAAGUGGCCCGCAGACAUGGAACUGGAUGAAAACUGCUGGACAGAUAUAGAAUACGCAAAAUCAACACAAAACUGGUACGCUCUAUCCAAGACAACAGCAGAGAUGGAAGCUUUAAAUUUUGGAAAACAACAUGACAUGACAGUGGUAUCGAUUUGUCCAUCCGUAGUCAUCGGGCCAAUGCUGCAGUCCACCAUUAAUGCUACUAGUUUACUAUUAUUGAGCUACAUGAAAGAGGAAGGUAGAUCGGGAGGGGACACAAUGGAGAACAUUAGACGACCAUAUACAGAUGUUCGCGACUUGUCCGAGGCGAUUUUACAGUUGUAUGAAAAUCCUGAAUCUAGUGGACGAUAUAUAUGUUCUGCAUACUCAUUUAGGGCAAAGGAAUUUGUAGCAAAACUUGAGAGCCUGUUUCCUGGCUACAAUUACCCCAAAUUCUUUACAGAGAAAAGUGGUUUUAAUCCACUUAACUCGAAGAAGUUGUUGAAAUUGGGAUGGACUUAUAGGCUAAUAGAGGAGACCAUAGUUGACACCAUCAAGAAUUAUGAAGAAAGUGGUUUGUUGGAGAAAGGGAAGCCAUUUCCAUCUACAAUAAGGUUCUAAUAUCAUGUUAUAUGGAAACUGAACGAAGAUCAUGACUCCUUUACAUAAAGUUAAGUUUUUAUUUUCGUUUUUUUCUUGGAAUAUUUAAAAAUGUUAUUUAAUGAUAAUAUUUCUUUUCUAAAUUUAAAAGUUGUGUGGUUUCUCUUUAGAAUAUAAAA